UCCACUGCAGCUGAGAGCGAUCCUCCCAGCCCAGGGAGACAGACUCUCACUAGUUCUGCUUGAAUUAGUGAAUGAAAAAUGGCAAUAUGGAUGUGGUGGCCUGGGCUAGCCACUCAACCUCAGACCCAGGGAUCGGUGGGCUUGGACUUGGGCAGCUACCCCAAGCUGCUACCCUUGUUGCAACGUCCAGGUUGCUACUUUAGCAUGCUAGCUUGAGCAGAGCUAACAUGAGUCUAUCUGCCUGGGCUAGGAGGCAUACUCCCAGCUGCAAUGUAGACUUAUCCUUGGAGGUUAAUGAUCUUGCCAGUUACAGUCCAGUCUCAAACAUUUUUUCUUCAGACUAUUGCAAGAUGCUCUACUUGUAGGUAUAUUUCCAAGACAGCCCCCAGCUACAGCUGCUAUCAAAAGAGAUGGGUGAGUCCACUGAUAUUAUACAAGAAGAAGCCAUUGAAAUCCUGGAUGAGAUGGGUCACAAUUUACACAUAGGAGCUAUUCGAUUUUUUGCUUUUAGUUUGAGCAAAAUAUUUAAACGCCUUUUCCAGAGGGUUUGUGUGAAUGAAGAAGGAAUUCAGAAAUUACAACAGGCCAUUCAGGAGCAUCCAGUUGUCCUGCUGCCCAGUCACCGAAGCUAUAUAGAUUUUCUGAUGCUAUCUUAUUUGUUAUACACAUAUGACUUGGCUCUGCCUGUCAUUGCUGCAGGAAUGGAUUUCCUUGGAAUGAAAAUAGUUGGUGAGCUGCUACGAAGGUCAGGUGCCUUUUUUAUGCGACGUACGUUCGGUGGGAACAGACUCUAUUGGGCAGUUUUUGCUGAAUAUGUAAAAACAAUGUUAAGGAAUGGUUAUGCCCCAAUUGAAUUUUUUCUCGAGGGAACCAGAAGCCGCACCGCGAAGACUUUGACUCCAAAGUUUGGUCUUCUCAGUAUUGUGAUGGAGCCAUUUUUUAAACGAGAGGUUUUUGACACCUACCUUGUUCCAAUCAGCAUCAGCUAUGAGAGGAUAUUAGAAGAAUCCCUCUAUGCAUAUGAACUUUUAGGAGUCCCUAAACCAAAAGAGUCUACAUCUGGGUUGUUGAAAGCCAGAAAAAUCCUCAGCGACAAUUUUGGAAGCAUACAUGUGUAUUUUGGGCAGCCUGUGUCACUCAGAACAUUGGCCUAUGGGAGAGUUGAUCGGUGUCCUUAUCGCUUGGUCCCAAGGCAUCUUCCCCAAAAGCUAUCUGAGGAUAUCCAGGAAUUUGUCACUGAUGUAGCCUACAAAAUGGAGCUUCUACAGAUGGAAAACAUGGUUCUGAGCCCCUGGGUAUUAAUUGCUUCUGUCCUGCUCCAGAAUUUGCCAGCCAUAGAUUUUGAACUUCUGGUUGAAAAGACACUUUGGCUGAAAGGCUUAACGCAGGCUUUUGGAGGAUUCCUCGAGUGGCCUGAUAACCUAUCUGCCAAUAAAGCAGUCACAUCCAGCCUUGCCCUGCACUCCAACAUUGUAAGCCUUGUCAAUGGCCAAGUGGUUUUAAAUGACGUGAGAAUGGAGAAUGGAGCUACAGAGGAGCUUGUUUUUAAACAGGCCCUCUCCAUCCUCAUGUGUGGAGCCUACAGGAACCAGUUGCUAAAUGUGUUUGUGCGCCCAUCUCUGGUGGCGGUAGCAUUGCAGAUGACGCAAAGUUUCAGAAAAGAGGAAAUCUAUAGUUGCUUCAUCUUCUUGCGAGACAUUUUAUAUGAUGAGUUCAUCUUCUUCCCUGGCAUUGCACUGAAGGACUUUGAAGAAGGAUGUUUUCUGCUUACAAAAAGUGAUGUAAUUCAAGUGACUCCCCAGGAAAUCUUAGUUACAGAGAGAGGAAAUUCUGUAGCAGUUUUUUUGGCAGCUCUGUUCAGGCCUUUUAUGAAAGGUUACCAGAUAAUCAGCAGGUAUCUUUCAAAAGAAGCAAAAGAGGCCUUUACUGAGAAGCAGUUUAUACUUGGAAUCCGUAACUUUGCCUUUCAGCUUCUUCAGACAGGAAGCACUCAGUGUUAUGAAGUUUUGUCCUCUGACUUGCAGAAAAAUGCCUUGGCAGCUUUUGUGCGCCUAGAUGUAGUGAAGAAGAUGAAAACGACCAAUGGAUUUACUUACACUGUAAACAAAGAGGCACUCAAUAAAACAGCCGAAAUGUUUGAUUUUUGGAUACCCAUAAAGAAACUUGUGACUGCAAGACUUUAAUAAAAAUAUUAAUCAAAAGGCUUUGAAUUACUUGACUGCGUGCACUAUAAUCCACAAAGAACACUGAAAAGUACUCAGUUGAAGUAUGGCUAGGUACAGAAGUAUACAUCUUGCCUUUUUCCAUUUGGGAAUUUUCCUAUGUAUUAUAGUAGAUGGCGGGCAAAGGUUGUUCAAUUGGAAUUUUUUCAUUAUCAGUACUGAACUUUGUCAGUACUGAUGCUCACUGUGUUCCUUUUUAAACUGAAUUUAAACAUCUUUUUGGAUACAUAUUUAAGGAAAAAAAUGCACAGAAACAUCUACUUUAAAUACUUUUUUAGUUUUUUGUUACAAGGAAAUGUUUUGUUUCAAAUAGGUUAUUUCAUCAAUGUGAAACUGUAAUUGAUAACUAGAGACUUAACAUUAAACAUAAUAUUUAGACAAAUGUUGCUGGUUGUUGUAUCUAUGAUAUGGCCAUUGUGCUCUUCUUUCAUAGAAUAAAUGUCCUGUAACUUCC